AUGGCCUCAAAACCCAAAUCAGUGCUUUUUCUAAGUACUUCAGAGCACGGCCAAGCAAAUGUAUCUCUAGCAAGCGCUCAGGCGCUGCUACAAUUCGACUUCGAAGUCAAGGUGCACUAUGCCUCCUUCAAGUCGCUACAACCGGCUGUAGAAGCUGUAUGCGCUUUCGCCAAGGAGAUGUCACCUCAUUCUGGCCACCAUAUAGAGUUCCACGAGAUAGUAGGAAAGCCAUUAUUUGACGCUCUGCAUAUCAGGCUCGCCAAGGAGGGAUACUCAUCUCCGUUCGAUGUGCCGCCAGCUCGAUCCGAGUCUGCCCGUAUCGUGCACAGCCUCGUGGCUGGAAUGUUACCAUGGAACGGACCCGAAUACGUCCAGAUAUUCGAGUCACUUCGGGAGGUCAUUGAACGAGUCAAGCCUGAUAUCACGGUUAUUGAUAGCAACUUCGGCCCCGCAUUGGCAGCGUGUUGCCAUGUCAGAGCGAACUACAUCGUGCUGACGCCGCAGACACUGGUCGAAACGCUUGCUGGGCAACAAACUCGUGCAGAGGCAUUAUGGAAGUUCCCAUUCAGCGGGUCAGGCCAUAAUUAUCCUGUCCCAUGGCACCUGAUACCAAAGAACAUUCUCUAUUUUAUAUGGCUUAUCGUUGCAGUGAUAUUUGACAGUCACGCUCGCUCUGUAAGGAGAUACGUUAAGGCUACCUUAGACGUGGAAGCAUAUAGCCUUAUGGAUAUCUUCCGCCCGCGAUGGAAAGACAUGCGCAUGCUUGUGAACUCUCGCCCUGAGACUGAUUUACCACUUGAUGUAAGUCCGCAUCUACACUUGCAUCGUCUCACUUUCUGCGGACCGAUCGUUAUGGACGUUCUAUCUGUGCGGCACCAAGAUCCCGAGCUCGAUAUGUGGCUGUCGCGUGGUCCGACUGUCCUUAUUUGCAUGGGUACACACUUUGAAUUCACUGAGGAGCUCGCAUUUGAGAUGGCCUUAGCAAUGCGUGUGAUCUUAGAUCAAGGAGAAAACAAAGGGUCUGAUCCGAAAUAUCAAGUAUUGUGGAAGAUGAAAAUACCCAAAGGUGACAAAGCCUUUGGUAUUGACGAAGGCUCGAGGAUCUAUUCUGUGCUCAAAGCCGAGAUCUCUCAGGACAGAGUGAGAAUCUCAGAAUGGCUAAAUGCCUCGCCACAAGCAAUACUAAAAACAGGUCAUGCCAUUUGUUCUGUUCAUCACGGAGGAGCCUCGUCUUAUAACGAGGCGCUUUGUGCAGGGGUCCCUCAAGUCGUCCUCCCGCAAUGGCUAGACACGUACGAUUUUUCUUAUAAGGCAGAGUAUCACCGAAUCGGCGUGUGGGGGAGUAAGCAUUCUGCACCGAAAUGGACAGCAAUGGAGUUGGGGGCGGCGCUCUCGAACGCAAUUGUGGGCGAUCCUGGAGUUGCUAUGAAACGAGCUGCACAGGAGUUGGCUGAUAUAUGCAAUACAGGAGACAGUGGGCGAGUGGUAGCUGCUAAAAGUAUCCUAGCUGCUAUUAAGGCACCGCUCGAGCUUAAAUAA